AAGCUAUUCGAAGCUUCUUUCCAGCAGUCCCUAUUUCGACAAUAUAUACCUCGACAAAAGGAUUCGCGAGAAAUUACAACGAGGCUCAUAUCUAACUUUUAUUUAUGUUUCAAUAGACAACUUCUUCGAAAUUUACCUAUCAUGGCCCCGCCGUCCCCGAUCCCGAUACCCCUCUUUGCCCAGACACAGCUCCAGCUCCUACAGCAAGAGCACGAAGCCGAAAUUUCUUCCUCCUCCCUCGCCAGUACAUCUGCCUCCGUAUCUCCUGCUACACGUCGCAUAUUACAAGCAACCGGUUAUGCGUUGACGGGGAUAGUUCUGGCGCAAUGCCGAACUGGUCUUGGUGGGCGUGUCGUGGGCGAGUUCGCUGCCGAUUCAGCUGUUUCUGGAGGAAAAUCGAAGUCUGGAGAGGAUGGUGAUAUAAAGGGAGGCUCAUAUGGGGAACCGCGACUAGGAGGACAUGGAAUUCGAGUUGGGGAUAUUGUCCGUGUCAAUGACAUUGGAGGGUCGAAUAACAAGAAGGUGGGAAAGGACAAGGGCAAAGACGGAGGGAAAGCGGGAUAUAACCCGAAAGGACCGGAGGGUGUUGUUACUCGGGUGGGCGAAAAAGGCAUCUGGAUUGCGUUCGGACAGAGAGGGGGUGGCGGUCGAUCCAAAGAGGAUGAUGAGGAUAUUGAGGAACUGUGGGGGAAGAAGCUGUGGCUCAUCAAACUCGCAAACGAUGUUACGUUCAGACGCAUGAAUCAAACGAUGGAAAAGAUGGCUAAGAUGCCAGAGUCAGAGUACACACAGUUCAUGCGCGUUGCCUUUGGCCAUACGACCCCGUUCCAAGUGGACCAAGAAGCCGCUGGACCAGUUGACUUCGUUGACUCGACUCUGAAUGAUUCACAAAAAGAAGCGAUUCGAUUUGCUUUGGCAUCAAAGGACAUUGUUCUCAUCCACGGACCCCCCGGAACGGGCAAAACCCAUACUUUGAUCGAACUAAUUCUUCAGAUGGUCCAGCGGAAACUUCGCGUGCUGGUCUGUGGACCUUCCAAUAUAUCAGUGGACAAUAUUGUGGAGAGACUGGCACCCAACAACGUCCCGGUUGUGCGCAUAGGCCAUCCUGCCCGUUUGCUGCCGUCGGUUCUCGAACACUCCCUAGAAGUGCUCACCCACACCUCCGAAGCUGCUGGCAUCGUCAAAGAUGUCCGCAAAGAAAUCGACCAGAAGGUAGCCAGCAUCCGCAAAACCAGAACUGGGAGGGAACGACGCGCAAUCUAUGACGAUCUCAAAGGAUUGCGGAGAGAGUUUCGGGAGCGUGAGUCGAAAUGUGUGGACAAUCUGGUCAGAGAGAGCAACGUUGUUCUGGCAACACUUCAUGGAGCCGGAGGCCAUCAGCUGAAGAACCAAAAGUUCGAUGUUGUCAUCAUUGACGAGGCUAGUCAAGCCCUGGAAGCCCAAUGCUGGAUUCCAUUAUUAUCGGCGUCAAAGGUGGUUCUCGCUGGUGAUCAUCUGCAGUUGCCCCCAACAGUUAAGUCUACUGUCCAAAAGUCCAAAGAUGCAGCUACGCGAGGAAAGACAAAGACUGGCACGCCGGAUGUCAAGGACGAGGCAGGAAACCCUGGCGACAAAGAAGUCACCAAAAACAUCUCUCUGGAGAAGACUCUGUUUGAUAGACUACUCUCUCUUCAUGGAACAGGAAUCAAGAGAAUGCUAACUACGCAGUAUCGGAUGCAUGAGAAGAUUAUGAAAUUCCCGUCAAAUGAGCUAUAUGAGUCCAAGCUAAUUGCUGGUGAGGCAGUGAAAGCACGCCUUCUCCAAGCUUUACCGUAUGAGGUGGAGGAAACCGAUGAUACCCGGGAACCCGUCGUAUUCUGGGACACCCAAGGCGGUGAUUUUCCUGAAAGGACUGAAGACGCUGAGAUCGGCAAAAAAGAAGCACUUUUGGGUGAGAGUAAGAGUAACGAGAUGGAAGCCUUGGUCGUUGCAAAGCAUGUGGGAAACCUAGUGGAAUCGGGCGUGAAACCUGAAGACAUUGCUGUCAUCACUCCAUACAAUGGGCAGCUUGCCGUCUUGUCUCAGAUGCUUCGGGAGAAAUACCCAGGACUUGAGUUGGGGAGUGUCGAUGGAUUUCAGGGCCGGGAGAAGGAAGCUGUUGUCGUCAGUUUGGUGCGCAGUAACUCCGAGCAUGAAGUGGGAUUCUUGGGUGAAAAGCGACGAUUGAACGGUAUGUUCCCGAUCUUCAUUUUUUGCCUUCUAGCUUUCUUCCCGCCUUCAUACUCUGAAACCGACGAAGCGCUGCAUAUGCAUAUCGAUGCAGAAGAGGGUUAAGAAAUAGACUAACGAUAACCUUCUAGUGGCCAUGACCCGACCCAAGCGGCACCUGUGUAUCUGUGGCGACUCGGAGACCAUCAGCAAGUAAGUUUCAGAUUUCAGAUUCUAUUCCGUUGUGCAACCCAUUAAAACCUUUCUUCUGGAAACCUACCCCUUGAUCUGCGAUCAGGAUGCUAAUAUCUUACCAUAGGGGCAGUGGUUUUCUCAAGCGAUGGAUGGAAUUCCUAGAAGAACAUGCCGACCUACGGUAUCCU